AUGGUCCUAGUAGAGUGUGAAAACCUUGACUUCCGCUUCAAGAAAGCUGAAAACCUAUGCAAUAAGAUACGAGGUAUCCGUUUGCCAAGAAAAAUCUUCCGCAGAUUCAAAGAAAGCAUCCUUUUAACAUUCGUAGGUCCCCAGAGAACCCCACAGUUAUCGUUGCUUCUUCGCCCUGCGGCAAUUGUUCAUAUUGAGGAGGGCGAGCGUUCGGAUGACGAUAUGCUCUCCUCGCUCUUCCUCCUGCUCUACGCGAUUCGACAAUGGUCCGUUCACGGGUUGCCGUCUGAAAUCAGUCCAACAGUCGCCUACCUCCUCGACAGAGGGUGAGAAAUUAACUGGCUUGAGAAAAACAAGGAGAAGUUUUGAGACCACUGUCAUAGCUCAUUCCGUCCGAGCCUUUAUUCCUCGAAAACUAAGCAGGUUGAGAGUUCCUUGAUCUUUUUAUAGUAUAUCAAUGAGAGCUUUGGUAGUGUUUUCUAAAUAAUCCAGAAGAAGGCGAAUUUAUGAUAAUCUCAUUUGGAAAAAGUUCAAAAAAACUUGACCUGCUGAAAAAUAAAAAAAAACCAAUAAACCGAGUUUAUCCUAUUCAAUAACGUUGCUCCCCUUUUCUGACUGUUCUGGUAAAUCUUCAAAUUAAGAUGCGCCAACGACACCGAAAUCAUCGAUCAUUUGCUUUUCGAAAACAUGCUCCACUAUAACAAACACAAACUCCCAUCUCCCCAAGUGGACGUCAGAAUCGAAAUGUGGGUCCAAGAAGUCACUUCUGUGUCCGAACUCACGCAGGACUUCGAAAUCGGUUGGUUGUACGAAAAGCAAAUUUAAUGAAGGAUCUUUCGAUUUUUAGAUUUGUAUAUGAACGAAUAUUGGACGGAUCCAGGCUUAGCUUAUGACAUUUUGAAUCCUUGUCAGGUUACUUGCAUUUAAAAUUUGUCCAGAAAACUGAAUUUUACAGGGGAACUUGUCCUUUGACUGGGCCGUAAUGCAAACCAUUUGGACGCCGAAUACGUGCUUCAUAAACUCCAAAAGAGCACAGCUUCACAGUUCACCUUUCACCAAUGUUUUUCUUAUGGUUUUUCCCAACGGUUAGUUGCUUUCUGAAAUAUUUUCUAUUACCAUCCAUACUUUUUGAUUGAUUUUUGCCAAGCGCGCAGACUUUCUUGCAUCAUUUCACGUUUUGACCAAAUUUUGUCUUGGAAAAAAAAAGUUACCUCCUGGCGGAUAACCUACUUUGUCAAGAAAUUCCCUGCGUUAAGGGAUAAAAUUUGUGCGCUUUUCAAUCCAGGCAAAACUCAAACGUUUGCUUUGAAACGAAACCUCGCCUUGCUCAGGUUCACGAGGAAGUAGUAACCAAAUACUUCUUUUUGGAAUUUUUUUUGAAUAAGAGAUGUUGAAUUUCCUCUUUCAGGGUCAGUUUGGUCCAAUUGGCGGAUUAAAAGCACGGGACCUUGUGUCAUGGACCUCACCAAGUUUCCUAUGGAUAGUAUUGAAUGCAUGCUCACUUUCGAGUCCUUCAACUACAACAAGGUUAGUCCAAAGGACAACACUGAAGAACGAGGAAGUUGGCAGGAAGAAGUCUUCAUGCGAUGGGGAGACCCUCCGCUGACGCAGUUCAAAGACAUCGUCCUUCCUGAUUUCACCAUGAUCAACUAUAGCACUUCCUCUAAGUUUCAAGUUUGUGGAGAUUGAUGAAGGAGAAGAUUACUUUAGAAAAUUUGUAGCUUUACGCUGCCGGCUAUUGGAGCGAACUUACGGUGAAUUUUUUCUUUCGAAGAAGAUACGGGUGGUACUUAUUACAAGGUUUGUUUUUCAACUCUUCGACUGGAUUCUAAAAAUUUCCAUUAGGAAUGAAAUUGUAAAAAUUGAUUUUUUUUUUUAGUUUUCAGGUUUUGUCUUAUUGGAUUUUCCAAUAUCUCGAUUUGAAUUUUUUUUCUUUCAUAAUCAAGAAAAAAACUUUCAGGUUACAUUCCAACGUACAUGACGGUUUUCAUCUCGUGGAUUCCUUUCUACCUCGGUCCAAAAGCGAUUCCUGCCAGGACAAUGAUAGGUACACUUCCAGAGCUAGAAGCCAAAAAAGAAAGACGAAAUCGGUGUCCUUUUAAUUCCCCUAGGAAGAUGCCGCGAGAUUUUGAGCCUUCAAGUAGAGGAAAGUGCAUUUUGUUGUCCACGCCGCCAUAAAUCCUGUUGCAAAUGCGGGGGUAAUUCGAUUGGGGCGUCUGAAUCGUGGCAAGACGCCUGCCGGGGCGAGUAAUUGAAGCAGGCUAACACGUCGAGCCAAGUCGCGUCGAGCUCUCAGAGCAGUCAGUACGAUUGACCUGCGAGCAACAGUCACAGCCAUGACGCUUGAUUUUAAAACAAAAUUCAAUUUUACAUGGAGAAGGUAGUUACAUCUAUUAAUCAAAAAUCGAUACUUCAAAUCGUAGAUGAUUAAACUGGGAGAUUUCAAGUUUUUUUCUGUGGAAAAUUCUAUUUUUGUUAGUUUUUUGCAUGGAAAUGUUUCUUUGCACACAGUUCAUAAAAAUUAUCGAUUAGCAUGUCCCCUAUAGGGGCCACUAACUAAAACCCUUAUACGAGCCAAUUUUGCAACUUUUAGUGUAAAGUGGUCUCCUCAGGUUCUCCCUAUAGGACCACUCUGGAGUUCCUAAGAGGUUAAAAAUUAAAUUUUCUGCUUUUAAUCAAGAAAUCUUCUCUUCUCACAGAUAAGAACUUUCAUGAAUUUUCUUUGUUAUGAGUUUUCAACCCACUAUGAGCAUUUUGUUUUCAAAUCGUUUCAUAUUCUACUUUAUAUUUACGUUUUGCUAAGAAGUUUUCAAAACUCCCGGAAAAGGUAAUUCUAUUCAAAACUUUCUGCAUUUUCCAUGACUUCCCUCAAACAAAAAAAAACGACAUACUAGGGAUUUAAAGCACACAUCCGUUAUCUACGGGACUUUUUAAUUAUGGAGACAGGAAGCAAUAGAAAAGCCUCAUCUGUUGCGACGUAUUCCUGUGUCAACCGUGGGAAACACAAAAUCCUAAAACAUCCACUGCUAGAAUUCGCGCAGAUAACAACAUUCCCUGCGCGAUUCCCAGCACAUCAAGAAGUUUUUGAGCAAAUCCAUGGGAUGUUUAUAACUGAAAUGAGCUUCCUUGUUUUCGAAAACUAUUCAUAUGUACCAUUAAAUUCUAUGAACAAAAAAUGCGCUUUUAAUUAUAUCAAAAAAGGAAAAGGAAAAAAUUAGAAAAAAAUAUAUUCUUGAGGCAGUUCAUAUCACUAGACAAAAUCAUAUUUUCCACAAAAAAACCCAUUUGAAAAGUUUUUCAAAUUCGACUCCUGAUCAACUAAUCCGAGAAUAAAUGAGGUUUCGUAUAAAAAAAAUUUUUCAGGAGCGGUAAUUCAAUCAUCUACAUUAAUAAGUCUCUCAGAAAAAUGAAAAAGAGGUAACCCAACAAGGGAGGUCAUUUAAGGCUUGGGAUGUGCUACAAACUUGCUCAAACACUCUUCAAAAAUCUGAAGAAAAGUGUGUCAUAGUCGCUACCUGCGCAAACUUCUAGUUAUCAAGAUAUGAUUUUUCAACUUUGCUUUUUUUAGGCCUAACUUGUCGACCUUCAAAAUUAAUUAUCUACAAACUAGAAGCUGGCAGAUUGCAACUUUAAUUGAUCUUCAUAUAAACCUUCAGAGAUCAUUUGAGCAAAACUGUAGAAAUUUCCAAGUCACAAAAUAAAAUCUUCCCGGGUAAUCAAUUUUUUGAAGGAGCGUUCGGUUUUGUUUUUCAGUGAGAAAACUUGUCUUGUAGGCGUCAACGCGCUGCUUGCCAUGACGUUUCAGUUCGGAAAUAUCAUUCGGAACUUGCCACGGGUCUCCUACGUCAAGGCAAUCGACGUCUGGAUGCUGAGGUUUUUUUACUUUUGUUUUAUACCGUUUUUUUGUUGACAGAAUUGGCGAUUUUAAGGUGAUCAAAGCGUAUCAAAAAAAUGGUGUUAUUAAAGUGCAAAUCAUUUUAAAGUGUUUCGGAAAGCUUUUUUUUUACUUUUUCCUCGACGCCAUCGUCAUUAUCUCCUAGGAAAAAAAAACCGAAUUAUCCGACAAAUUCACAAAAUUAAAUUUAACUCAAUCACUCUGAUGCAAAACAGAACACAUUGAGAAGAUGACUUUUCUUCGAUUUGAAGUUGAAAAAAUGAACCAAGCAAGUUUUCUUCUGAUUUAACGGAUAAUUCCAUUUCAGUGGGAUAUGCUUCGUUUUCGCAUCUUUGGUUGAACUAGCAACUAUCGGGUUCCUGAUGCGAAACGAAGGACGGCCAACUCUGGGGCGAGGAAGUACACGCAGGUACUUUUCCGGAAAGUACUUACAUAAAUUAUACUGUUUUGAACUACGUAACAGUUUUCUUUUUCUCUUCUUCCAGAUGGAAUCUCAGCAAGUCUUCUGCGGUCGGCGAUGCUCCUGUUCAAAAAUCUGCCUGCAUACAAUACUGUGAGAGGCUAGACAACUUUGCUCGUAUCGCGUUUCCUCGUGAGUUUCGAGAUUUAAACGAUAAAUUUUCUUGUUCAUAAAGGCAAAAAAAAAAACUUGCUUUCAGUUGUUUUUACCUGCUACAACCUUCUAUACUGGCUCGUCUACAUGAGAACUGCGCUGGAAGGAGCCCCGAUGUGA